AUCAUGACCGGAGCCGAAGGCAGCCGCUUAACCGGCUGAGCCACCCAGGCGCCCAAUAAAGUAAAAUCUUCAAACAAACAAACAAAACAAAAAACCAACAAACUAAACUAAAAUGUUCAAGAUCAGUUCAGUUCCCCCCCCUUCCCCCGCCACGGCCCCCAAGGCUUGUCUUCCUCGCGGACGUCCAGGUGAGCGCCGGCAGGGGGCUGAAGUAGUACCAGCAACCGAGCACCUUUGUUGCACGCCUACUCCUGGACCGACCCGCGCCCUCCCUCUGUCGUUCUCCCCAAGUCCCCGUCCGGCACAUCUGGAGCGGGACUCUCCCUCCCGCCCGGCGCGCCCCUGCCCAUUCGGGGGGAGCCCGCGGCGGAGGUCCGGGAGCGCCCGCCCCGCCUGCCCGCGGGGCCGGAGGCGGGGCCGGGCGGGGCCGGGCGGCGGGGAGGGGGUGCGGGGCUCCGAGACGACACCGCGGCCCGAGCUGCCGGCACCUGCAGCCGUCGGAUGGGUCCGCUGCCUCUGAGCCCGCCCGCAAUGCUGCGGCCGCCGCUGCUCCUUCUGCUCCUGUUGCUGUUGGGACCCGGACCCGGGCCCAGCGCUGCUUCCCAGAGGUCACAUGUGCACCGGCGUGGGCUUCUAGAACUGGCAGGGACCGUGAACUGUGUUGGCAGCCGCAGCCCCCUGUCCUACAUAAGCUAUGGCUGCUAUUGUGGUGUGGGAGGCCAUGGCCAGCCCCGCGACGCCAUCGACUGGUGCUGUCACCGGCAUGACUGCUGCUACACGCAGGCUGAGCAGGCUGGCUGCAGACCCAAGAUGGAGCGCUACCCCUGGCAGUGUGUCAAUCAGAGCAUCGUCUGCGGACCAGCGGAGAACAAAUGCCAGGAGCUCUUGUGCAAGUGUGACAAGGAGAUUGCUUACUGCUUAGCCCAGACUAAGUACGACUUAAAGUACUUAUUCUACCCCCGUCUCUUGUGUGAGAAGGACUCGCCCCAGUGUGACUGA